AUGACUUCAACCGACUGCUCGCUGACGCAGAGCCCCAGCGACUCGUCAUGGUCGCCAACACCUAGCAUCAUGCGGGCCGUGAGCUUUCCACCCAUGGACAGCCCAGGCGUCUUGCCCAACGUCCCUACGCCCAGGUCGAUGAGCAUGACGGACGCACAAUGGCUUACUGCUGUCCGUUCGCAAGCUCGCAAGCUCUAUUUGCACAGCACCGUCCGCAAAAUCCCCUGCGUCAAGGCGCGUGUGAUCCGGGUUCCGCUGGAGGUCGAUUCCGACGAUUCGGAUGACGACGAUGGCGCUGACGGCGACUUCACCUACAGGUUUGACGAACAGAGCGACACUACGACUCUCGUGGGAACGCCCUGUGAGGAGAAGAGUUCUAUUUGCCUUGACGCAAGGGACGACACCGACGUCGUCGCCAAGCUGUCUGAGGCGGAGACGGCCGCUUCGGCCACCCGAGUCAAGGGCCUCUUGCAAACACUGUCUCUGAAAAUUUCCACGCUGACAACCAAGGUGCCCAACAAGGACGGUAGUCUGUCUCCGUCAUCGAGUAAUUGCUCCACCACAGAGACCAACGACGCUGAGGAGCCGCAGCGGCCCGUUGACUGGAGCGAGCCACGACAACUCGAAGCCUUCUUGGCACGCUGUGUCCAGGGCUGGGAGACGCAGGCCCAGUACAUUGCGCAGCAGGCGCGGAUGCAGCGAGCCAUGCGAUGCAUGCACAAGCGCAUGGCCGCUCUGGAGGAUCGGAACGCGCUCCUGGUCUGGUACGCCAACCACCUCAAGGGCGGCGCUGCGCCCAAGACACCGCCUUCACCGGUUGCCAUUCUCCAGGACGCCGAGGCGACUGUCUUGAAGGCUGCCGCUACCACCAUGGCAAGUGCCGUCGAUUCGCUGGUGACGACUGCGUAG